GAGGCCAGAGCCCGCAAGGCGUCAGUGCCGGCGAGCAAUUGCGUUCGAUUUCGACAACUGAUUUGUAGAGCAUCUGAUCAUCAUCUUUUCUGUCAGCACCCGAGAAUCCAUCGCUACUUUGAAUUUCGCAACGGACACAGCAGCGCCGCCUUCUUUCGUGCUCCAAUUUGAGUGCAGAACCGUCGGAAUCUGUUCCAGUUGGCGAAGGUGCUGUGUUUUGGCAGCUUCGGGUUGGAUUUAUUGGUUUCCCAUGCUUUUUUGCAGUGGCUGUUGUGUUUUGGGCUUGUGGGUUUCUCGGAAACACUUUAGAACUUGCUUGUGCUGUUGUAAGAAUUCAUCAUACGAUUUAAUAAAACAAAGGUAGUUGCUCUCAUUUCGACUAUCGGUUCUUCAAUCAUGGCUGGAGCUCUCCGACGAGUGAUUGCUCCUGCAGGUAGACUGAUUUUAUCCGAAAUCUCGCAUCCAGUAGCUUUUCGCGCAACUCAAGCAAUGAAUGCACAUGUUGGGGCUGGCAGCGGAGGUCGUGUUGGCGGUUGGGCUGUCCGAAGCCCACCUCAGGACAUUCCAUUUGUUGUGAAGGGGUUGCAACACAUUGCCAUUGUUGUUCUGGACCUUCCAGUUGCUGCCGAGCAUUACCGCAUGGUAUUCGGCGCCCAAGUCAGUGACCCUGUGCAUCACGCCGAUCUCAAGAUGACCAAAGUUUUUGUUCAGUUACCAAACGUGUGCAUUGAACUUAUGCAUCCUAUGGGACAGGAUGGUCCAGUUGCCGAAUUUCUCAAGAAGAAUCCCAACGGUGGAAUCCAUCACGUCUCAUUUGCGGUCGACAACAUAAACUCAGCAGCAGGCUACAUAGGCGAAGCAGGCGAAGGAAGCCUUCCCAUCGACACUCCAAACAUAGGAGCAAGAUACAAGUCUGAAUUGUUCCUGCAACCCAAGGAUAACAUGGGAGUCCUCAUCAAGCUCCAGCAGAUCACCAACCGCUCACACAGUCGCGUUUGAUUACUCCAGUGUUGGAUAAGACAUGCUUGUCGUGGAGAUCGAUGGAACAAACAAUUGACCCUCUCAGCCACAUGAUGGAUGCUGUGUCAGGAUCGAUUACAUGGUCAUGGUCGAAGUCUGCCCACACCGAGAGCAGUUGUUGCAGCGGAUCGGUCAUAUCUAUCAUUGCUCCUUAGUUCAAUCGACAAGGUGAGCAGCAUACUGCAGGUAAGAAUGAUGAACCACAGCAUGUCUUGAAUGCACUCUCGGCAAGCUUUUAAAUUGAAGCAUCUGCAUGCAGGCUGGAAAAUUUGGUUGUAUAGUGUGCAGUAGUGGCAAUAUUCAAGUGUAACAUCCUGCGAAGCUAUGUAAGCCCGUGAAGAAUCUGGCAGAGGAUGGAUUCAGAGGUAUUCAUUUCAUGGUUUAGUCUAAGCUUUGUAAAAGCAGUAGGGUAGAAAAAUGAAGUGUUUGUAUUGAAUAAAUUCCAUUCAUGGUUGAUCAGGUCACACCGAUAAUUUGUAUUGAUGAGUAAGACGGACAUUGGUGUGUCGCCCUUUAAACGUCAUAGCAUCGACAACAGCUGUUUUCUUACUGAUGAUUGAUAUAGUUUUAUUUACAUGUCAUAUACCUCCACCACAUCAACUCAUUGUGUAGCAAAUAAAUAAAUGAAAUAUCAAAGACUGACAUAGAAUAUAUUAUCUCAUGUAUUUAAAACA